UGCUCUUCUUCUUCCCGCUGCAGCCCGAGAGAAAAAAAAAAAAGAGGAACCCAGCCAUGCCUUGGAAAAUUGGUAAGGAAGCUUGGUAUUUUCCCCUUCCUUUCUUGCUCUAGAACACUUCUAGAACCCAGAAAUUUCCCCCCCUGCAGGAAGCUUCCGGAUCUGCUCUGCUCUUCCCUCUGCUGUCCGCCGGCUGCUCUUGUUUGUGGGGGCGAAUUGCUUCGGUUUUUGUUCCCGUGAGUUUCUCCCCUGCACUUGCCGCCGGCCUUCCCCAAUCUGCUAGCUCCGGUUCCUUGCUUGUAAAUUCUGGCAUGGAACCUUAAGUGGUAAUAGAUUAUAUUCUUUUCAUGAGGAAGUCACUUGACAAAGCAAAAAUGUAUCAAGUAUGCCUUCUAGAUCAUUUAAAAGUCUUAUUUAAGCAUUAGUGCUUUACAUUUGAGCAUAUAUAGUCUUUCCAACUGAGAUGAGCAAUUAUGUGCUAGAGGCUCAAGAUUUUGUUCUGGAUGGCAACAUCUUCAGUAGUAGUUUUACCAUUCGUCAUGCAGGAUUAUCAACUUCUCUGAUACAUCAAGGAGCUAACUAGACUUUGCUUUUCUGCACUUUGAUUAUGCUAUAGAGACUUACUACAUGACAAUGGCUGCUACAUUUCAAUCAUCUACCAUUUUGAUCCCAAUGGCAGUAGAAUUAUAUGGGUUGAGUUUUGAUAUAAGAUUUGGUGAACAAAGCUUCUACUGAAGAUAUGGUGAAAAAAAAAUUCUAGAUGUUUGUUUGUACUUUGAUAUUUCACACACUGAAGCAUUCUCCUAAUUCUGUCUGUACACUAAAUCUGUUUCUUUAAA